UUGCAACUCAAUUCAAUUCACCUUUCAAUUCCUUCCUCAACUCACUCUUUACUAAUCCUAUGUGGUAUCCCUACACUUGAUCGCUUCUUUAUCACUUAUCCUUUUUACCACUUGUGGUAUCCCUACACUUGGUCUCCUCUACACCCUUAUCUCCAACAAGCCUGAACCAUCCUUCCACCAAUCCUUCCAUCUCAGAGAGCAGUUCGGAACUACUCAUACAUGCUGGCGGGGAUGGUGUACUGCGUGCAGGUGAUUGCCAUUGAGAAGCUACUCCCGGGCUCACAGCACAGCACGCAGACAGAGCAGGACCGUGAUUGCUUUUUAGAGAUGCGGCACAAGUAUCUAGCGGAUGGCUCAUUCAGCCCAAUGAGCGAGAUGAUCAGCAUGCUUGUGUACAGCAAGCAUAUUGGAUUGAACGCCGGCAACUUGGGCAACGCACAUUGGUCUCAGAACAAACAGAGGUUUUAUCUAAACGGCUGGCCGAUUGCUAUCAGCCGCUUCCGCAAGAUGGCGCAGGACUUGCUGGCUGAAACAGAGCAGAUGCUGUGGGAGCUGUGCUGGGUGGACAAGGAGGAAGACCGCGUUGCAGUUGAUCUCAAGCAAGUAGUUGAUGACGUCACAUUCACAAAACAAAGCACGUCGUUUGUCGACGCACCGGGCAACAAACUGCUAGGUGGACUGGACUGGAUGCUCAAGCGGGCGAUGAACACAAAAGGCGGAUAGCAAUUGAAGCGUGCAGACAGACAGUGGAGCGUCAAGGCAGUACGGUGGUACUUGUUGUACAUGCAGCCGUUCAAGGAGUAUCUGAUACUGCAGGUGCUUGGAGGCAACUACAGCGACUACGUGUGGCACAAUGCGCAGGGCAUGUGGGAUACUGGCCGGCUUACAAGGAUACUGAACCGAGAGACUGGAAAGAGGCUAGGCGUCAAGCUACACACACUUGACUAUCGAUUUGCAUUCACACAGCUUGUGUAGUCAAUGGUGUUAGGGUUUUGUGUUGGAGGUUGGGGUAAGGUUUGUGAGGUUGGGCGAUCAUAUAACGUUUUCCGAAACACCUUGUGCAUGCCGCUAGGCAUGAGGGGUCAACGCACGCCAUCCGUCAUUGAUUCUCAUACUAAAUUACUAUAUAGAAGCGUGCAAUCGCAGUUUCUACAACCUGAAAGACCUUCAUUGAUCAUUUGAAGCUGCGAUUGGCC